UGCUAAGUACAGAUAUAGGCUAGUUCUCCAUUUUAGAAAUGGAUGUUUUAGCCAUGAAAAUCGGAUGAAACUACGCCAUGGAGCUACAAUCAAGUUAAUGAUCGGUGCUGUAACCACCGCAAGACACUUCGAUGAACUCAUCUAAAAAAUAUAGUUUGCAGAAAAAAGACUAAACUAGACAAUGUCUCCUGCCCGAAUGUUGUGUCGGUUACUUGAGAAUGUUCAGACUCUGUCUAAAGUUAAACGGCCUUUCAACUUCGGACUGGAAAGGAUCCGAGGCAGACAAUUUCAGCAUACGACUCCUCAGUCAACAAGUUGUCAUUGGCAGCUUCGUGAUGACUGUCUUGAGCUUAACUAUGGCGGCCUCCUGAUGCACUUUGAUUACGUGUGGUUGAGAGACCAUUGUCGCUCAGCCUCUUGCUACAACACCAAAACCAACCAGAGGAAUCUGGACACAGCUAGCGUGGAUCUGAACAUCCGGCCAUCCAAGACCAGAGUAGAGGAUGAGAACGUGUAUCUCACAUGGUCAGACGGCCACGUGACGAAGUACAGCCUGAGUUGGCUGGCCCAGAACAGCUACGAAGGUCAGAAGCACAGCGCCAUGCAGCCUCGCGUCCUGUGGAACUCUGGCGGGUACGCCAACGCCAAGGUGCCCUCGGCCGACUGGGACAAGUUCAUGAGCUGUGACGACGAGUUGAAGAGCUUCCUGAGGAACUUCCUGUUGUACGGCAUUGCGUUUGUGGAGGGUGUACCUGCCAGCGUGGAAGCCACUGAGAACCUCGCACACAGGGUCAGUCUCAUCAGAGAGACGAUGUACGGGAGGAUGUGGGACUUCACCUCAGACUUCUCCCGGGGUGACACGGCCUACACCAAGCUGGCCCUCGACCGCCACACCGACACCUCCUACUUCCAGGAGCCCUGUGGGAUUCAGGUCUUCCAUUGCUUGAAGCACGAGGGAACAGGAGGAAGGACCUUACUAGUGGAUGGAUUCUAUUCUGCUGACCAAGUGUUGAAACAGACGCCUGACAACUUUGAGCUGCUUGCCAGAGUGCCUAUCAAGCACGAAUACAUUGAAAACCUGAGCAACCACCGCAACCAUAUGAUAGGCAUUGGUCCUGUGCUCAACGUGUAUCCCUGGAACAAUGAGGUUUACAUGAUCAGAUACAAUAACUAUGACCGUGCAGUUCUGAACACAAUCCCUCACAAGCUGGUUCAGCAGUGGUAUGCUGCUCACAGAGAGCUGACCACAGAACUAAGGAGGCCUGAGAACGAGUUGUGGGUAAAACUGAAGCCAGGAAAGGUUAUCUUCAUUGACAACUGGCGAGUGCUGCACGGACGUGAAUCCUUCACGGGGCUGAGGCGUCUGUGCGGCUGCUACCUGACCAGGGAUGACGUGCUCAACACGGCCCGCUCCCUGGGCCUACAGGCCUGAGACGGGACACUCCAGAGCCGGCCCAAGGCAUAAGCGACCUAAGCGGCUGCUUAGGGCCCCCGUGGCCACCGGAGGGCCCCCAAGAGCACAUAAAAUUACACCUUAAUUCAAAAAUUAUAUAUAUUAUGUUAUGGGUAAUUAUACACAUUCGGACGGCCCCCAAAAUCAAUUCUGCUCAAGGCCCCAUAAAGGCUUGGGCCGGCCCUGGUCAUGCCAGUGUGCACCAAAGCCUGUCCAAUUACCCUCAAGACAGGGCCGGAGGGCCAUGUUAAUUUGUUUUCUUCAUUUAGCAGGCCUGCGCAUUUAUCCAAAGACCGUAUGAAGAUCCGUAUGUACACAGUGCAUAUAGAAAGCAAUUCAAUUCACCAUGUGAUAGGUGUUGGUCCUGUGCUCAAUGUGUAUCCCAGGAACAAUGAGGUUAAAAUGAGCAUGUGUAUAUAUAUAUAUAUGAUAUUCUGUGCUCUGAUAUGCUAGCUAUCGUUCAUACUACAGUUCCAGGAACAGAUGUUCCUAACAAUCCUCACCAAUCUUGUGAUUCCCGGACACCUUAUGCGUUGUUCACACCUGAAAUAGGGAAAUCAACACCCUCGAUUAUUUAAUCACUGAUAAAAAAAAGGGUGAAAGCAGUUAUGUUUUUCACGAAACGUAAUGGUUGAAAUCAAAUAGUUUUGUAUGCUGUAUAGGGUUAGGGCAUUUAUAGUGUAAACCGUUGCUCACUGGUGAAAAUAGGAAAUCUAUUUUACGUGCAUGGGCUUAGUCAGUGUUGAGAUGUAUGGAAGUAUGAUCACUUUAUUUGAAGGUUGUGCACUUCGGAAUUAUGGAACUUAAGACUGUAAAGCAAUUCACAUUGCCGUUAUGAUUUUGCACAUUAAUUUGAUUAAGAAUAUAUUAUUGGUAAAGGAGUCUGUUCCUUAUUUGCUACUAAUAAAAUGUAAUUGGUCUGCUACCAUAUCCACUUAGUAUUGCUAGUUUAUGUACCCUUAGUAUAGUUAGACCUCAUAUUUAAAU